UCUCCAGAUAAAUGCUCACGAGGGCCGAGUGAGCGACCGAGUGAGUGAAUGUGUCGCGCAGAUUACAAAGAGGAAUCCACGCACCGAGAGCGCGCGCGGCGGCGCCCCGCAAACCCGCGACACAAUGUAGCUGACCGAGCCGCUGCAAUCACACGCGGAGAGUCCAGUUCGAGCGGACCCGAGUGAGCUGAACUAUGCCCAGCGCCGAGAGAACUUUACCCGAACUCGAGAGGAACUCUUUCUUACCCUGCGAAAUGAUUCCAGAUUUGCAGAGAUACCGGAUGACGCGAAUCAGACACCAGGCGGAGAGAGGUGGUGGUGAUGUGAACACCCUCAACGUGCCAAUUGUCAUGCGUCGAGGAGGCUCGGACACGUGUUUAGAUCUGGAUUCUGAUCUGGUGGUACGGGACGCCCCGCGAUCGCGCAGCGGUCUUGACACCCUGCAGCAGAAAGUGCUAAAAGUGAAAGAGCAGCUGAGAAUCGAGCAGAAUCUACAGGAUGAGAACGUGGCCGAGUACCUCAAACUCAUCAACAGCGCGGACAAGCAGCAGAGCGGCCGCAUCAAACAGGUGUUUGAGAAGAAAAACCAGAAAACGGCGCACAACAUCGCCCAGCUUCAGAAAAAGCUCGAGCAGUACCAGCGCAAGAUGAAGGAGUGCGACAUCUCGAACGGCACCAAACACACGCCGCCGCACUCCAGAGAAAGCGACCCGCUCAAAGACCACCUCAAGGAAAGCGUGGUCACGGGAAGCGGCCGCCACCCGCAUUUGGACAAAGUCAAAACGAUCGGCCCGGGUGUUUCGCUGUCGCCGCCGUUCUUCUUCAGCAAAUCCAGAGAGAUCGCGAACCUCAUCCGCAACAAAUUUGGUAGCGCCGACAACAUUGCGCACCUGAAGAGCAGCAUGGAGGCGGGCGGCGGGUUGCAGGCGGAAGGAGGAGCCCGAAAUCUGAGCGGCAGCGCCACGAUAACCCCCAAGCCCAAAUACCCGAGCGAUGACGAGUGCUCCACGGAGACGUCGGUGUCGGUCGAGAGCAACGGUCACGUGACCGGAUCCGGUGUGACGGGGCAGCACAGCGCGUCUGGGAGAGAAGGAGGUCAACCGGAAAACAGCAGCCGGCUGGUGGAGGCUUGGGAGGAGAUCAGGGAGCUGAGGGAAGCUCAGAACCUACUGUCAGAAGACAUCGACACCCUGAAGACCCAGUUUAGAUGUGAAUUUGACAGUAUUAUGCAAACACUACAAGAAGAGCGGUUCAGGUGCGAGCGCUUGGAAGAACAACUGAACGACCUCACAGAACUCCAUCAAAAUGAGACCGGAAACCUUAAACUGGAGCUAGCCAGCAUCGAGGAGAAGAUGGCCUAUCAAGCCAAUGAAAGGGCUCGGGAUAUACAGGACGCUCUAGAGGUUUGCCAGACGCGAGUGAGCAAGCUGGAGCUCCAGCAGCAGCAGCAGCAGGUCUUGCAGCUGGAGAGCGCCGACGCCAAAGUGCUGCUGGGAAAGUGCAUCAACAUCAUGCUGGCCAUCGUCACCGUGAUCUUGGUGUGCGUCUCCACCGCCGCCAAGUUCUCCGCGCCGCUCAUGCGGAGCCGUCUGCACAUGUUCGGGACUUUCGUGUGCGUGUGUCUGCUGCUGUACGGCUGGAGCAACUGGGAGCAUUUGCAGUGCGCCUUGGAACGAGUGCUCCUGCCCAGAUGAAGCGCUCCUCCUGGGACGUUCCCUUCAUAAUGUGACUGUCCCGAGAUGAUGGCUUUAACACUUUCUGUGUUUUUUUUGUGUGUCCUACGACGUACUGUAGCAGAAACGGGUCCAUCUCUUGACUAUAUCGCGUUAUUUCAAACAGCUUUUGUUAGCUGCGUCUUAAAAGUAAAGGCUGACCACCUUUUUUAUAUACGUUUUAUGUUUUGUUUUUUGUUUUUUAGAUGGCGACGGUCGUCUCGCAAAAACGCAUCCGGGUAAUAUUUCACUCUACAUAAGAAAAAAAAUAGUUGGCAUAAAGAACAUGAAGACUAAUUAGAGACCGUAAUGUUAUUUUAUUAUAAUUUUUUUUAUCACUAUUAAACUUUUUCAUGGGUGGUGAGUAAUUAUUAUUAUUCUCAAUAUUCGUUAUUCUCAUUAGAUUCUUAUUACUGUGAUGCAUUUGAUUCUGAUAACAAUAGUUUUUCUGAUUUUAGAAUAUUUUUUUUUUAUCGCAGUAAUGAAAAUGUGUUGAGGAAUGCGUUCGAUUACAUCGUUAGAAUACAAAAAAAAGACGAUGGUCUUAAAAGAUGCUUCAUUUUCUUUAUGCGGUAAAAUGUACGCUUUUUUUUUGACAUUUUGGGUGAAAUACGAACCAACGCGCACACGUUUUAGACGGGCUCUGCCGUUUUCUAGCAUCAUUUGUACUAUUGAAAUGGCCUGAAGUUCUUUUCACUGGCACUUUAAACACAGCGCCCAGGUUUAUGAGAUCCUGUGUGGGGUUUUUUUUGUUAUCAUUAUACUUUUAGUCUGAGCCGUGGAGCUCUACAGUGACCACAAAAGAUGGAAACGCCGUCUUUUUGUUUGUUGUGUAAUAAAAAAUGCCUUUGGGGGGGUUAUAGAAACUAGAACAUGAGAAGGAAACAAACGUCUCCGUCGAGUUUAUGUAACGUAUUCUGUUUCUCGUGGAUGUUAGAAUGACUAUUUUUAUACGCAUUUUUAAUUUGCUUUGUUCAAUGUACGCUUUUAAUGAUUCCCACGAUGCAAACUGAUUUCAGCGUUAUUACCACUGUCCCUCGGAGUGUGUGCCUACCUGUGGUUUUGACUGAAGAUUGUAUAAGCCACAAAAUCUGAAUUCACCCAUCAACCUAAACGUGGUGUUUAACUAGAGUUUUAGAGGCCUUUUUACCUUUUUAAGCAUGGGGGGAAAGUGAUUUUUAUUUUAUACAUGCUUCAGUGUCCCUGUGGUAGGAGACUGGUCUGAUCUCAGAUGUGAUCUAAACCUAAAAAUAAAAACGGCCUCAUUUUUACUGAAA